AUGGAGUAUGCGGUGCCUCUGCCAUACCUCCUUGGAAGGCUUGCGCCGAUGGAGCCUUCGCAGCAGCCUCCUGUCUACCAGCCUCCUGUCUACCAGCCUCCUGCCUGCCAGCCUCCUGCCUACCAGCCUCCUGCCUACCCGGAGUAUGCGGGGCCUGUGCCACACCCUGGAAGGCUUGCGCCGAUGGAAGCUUCGCAGCAGCCUCCUCUUUGCCAGCCUCCUGCGUACCCGGACUACGCGGGGCCUGUGCCACACCUCCUUGGAAGGCUUAUUCCGAUGGAAGCUUCGCAGCAGCCUUCCGUUUGCCAGCCUCCUGCCUGCCAGUCCAUGAUGUAUGUGCCGACGGUGUUCACUGCACAGCCAUCACAUGGCUACACCGGCUACAUGAAUCAGCACGCGGUGCCGUCACAGGAGCCGCCUUUGAUGAUGGCGCCGAGCGGAAUGUAUCCAUGUGAAUGUGCUCCACCAGUUCAAGCUGCAGCCACAACAAAGCAGCCGCUGCUCUCGGAAAAUGCCCUCCAGCCACCAGAUGCUCCGACUUCCGACUCGUCCGACAAGCCCGGCCACCCGUCCGCGUCCGGAAGCAGCGGAAGCAGCCUCCCAGAGACGACUCCACAUCGGCAGGAGACGAGAGGCAGAACCGCACAACCAUCCCAAAACGCGAAGCGGGUGGCCAGCCUCUUUGAUGAUGCCAAGACGACCGUCAUGCUCCGCAACAUCCCGGUGCGAUACACCUGCGAAGCAUUGUUGAAGGAGGUGAUGAUGGCCGGGUUCGACCAGAUGUUCGACUUCUUCUACCUUCCCAUGGACUUCCGCACCAAGCGGAAUCGUGGGUAUGCUUUCAUCAACUUCAGCUCGGGCCGCGCGGCUCGUGACUUUGCGUUGGCUUUCCACGAGCAGCAGCCGAGACUCUACGGCCACCAGUCCAAGAAGAUCUUGGAAGUGGCUCCUGCGGUGACGCAGGGCUAUCAGGCGAAUGUGCACAAGUACUUUGCGAAGGCGGAUGCCCGCAUCAAGAACGACUGGUUCAAACCCAUGCUCUUCACCUGCGAAGAAGAUUCCACCUAG